AUGUCCACUGUGUAUCGGACGGAUGAUCCGAGGCAAGCAGCCGUUAAUGACUUGCCCAGGGUCAUUCUAUGUCUGGUGGCGCCGAGGCUCGAACACAGUACCCUGGGGGUACGUGCCGAACAACUUAACCACUCAGUCACAGCGGCUCCAAUUAAACAAAGCAGAGAUAAAGAUAUUUGGUUGGUAGUUAAGUAUGCCAAUAUUCAAACGCACAUUGAUAUUCGUUAA